UUUGUUCAAUUUCCCUCUUUUAUUAACCAUCAAACCGAACUUUUGUUUCUUUUCCCCCAAUUCAUCUCUCUCUCAGUUCAAUCCCCAAAGCCCUUGAAGAAAAUGGGUUUAGGUUAGGUUAAAUUGUUCUCGGUUUUCUUCGAUUUGCAGAAACAGAGAAAUAUGGGUCACUCUAGCUUCCAAGACGAAGAUGACGACGAAGAAGAAUACGAGGAGGAAGCUGGUGGGAGUAAUCGGCUCCUGGGUUUUAUGUUUGGGAAUGUGGAUAACUCGGGUGAUCUUGAUGCCGAUUAUCUUGACGAGGACGCAAAGGAACAUCUUGCUGCGGUAGCUGACAAGCUGGGUCCAUCGCUUACUGAUAUAGAUUUGUCAGAUAAAUCACCGCACACUCCAGCUGAUGCUGCUGACCAAGAUUAUGAUGAGAAGGCUGAAAAUGCCAUUGACUAUGAAGAUAUUGAUGAGCAGUAUGAAGGUCCAGAGACUCGAGCUACCACUGAGGAAGACCAUUUACUUCCCAAAAAGGAAUAUUUUGCUGCUGAUGUUUCUUCUGCUUUGGAGCCUAAAGCCUCUGUGUUUGACGAUGAAAAUUAUGAUGAGGACGAGGAAAGUGAAAAGGAGCAAGAGGUGGUAGUUGAGCAGGAAGAGCAUCUUGCAGUAUCAUUUGAAGUGGAAAAAUCUCCUGGGCAUGAAGUACAUGGUGGUUCUUCAGAUAGUGGAGAUCAAGCAGAUGGUACUGAAGAUUUUCAGGAGGUACCUGAUGCUCCAGAAGAGCCUUUAGAUUCCAAAGGUUCGACACCUCUUCCUGUUUUAUGUGUAGAAGAUGGUGUGGUGAUCUUACGGUUUUCUGAAAUAUUUGGUAUCCAUGAGCCCUUGAAGAAAGCAAGCAAAAGAGACCGUGGCUAUUUCACUCAUAGAGAGAAGUACAAAUCUAUGGAUGCUUCUGAUCUUGUUGAAGAGGAUGAAGAGGCGUUUCUAAAGGACACUGGUCAAGGUUUCUCAUUUAUUGGUUGGGAAAAGGCAAUCCAACAUGAUAUAUCCGAAUUUACAGAUGAACCUCUGGUAGAAGGAAGUUUGGAAAUUUGUGCACAUAGUGAAGAACAUGUUAAGGAUAGUUACUCAAAACCUGAAGAAAUGAAAGAGGAGGCAGUAUUAAAUUUUGCUUCUGGAUGGCAGUCACCCUCAUGUCCGAGAUAUUUUCCACUUGACCAAUUGGACUGGGAAGAACAAAUUGUUUGGGACUAUUCUCCUGCAACAGACGGCAAUUCUUUGAAGAGUCCUGAGAUUUCUGUCUCUGAUUUGGAGGCCUCAGUUUCAAUAGAGACCAUUCCACAGACUGGGCAAAAUCUAUUUACCGAGCAGUCUGUAGAAUUCUAUGAGAAGGACCAUGAUGGUGGCCUUUGUCAUUCCUCUGUUGUCUUGGAAUCGUUUGAAUCAAAAUCUCAUUCAGAAUCCAUGGACCUGCCGUCACUGGAAAGCAGAUUCCAUCCCCAACUCUUGAGGCUGGAAUCUAAGUUGGGAGUAGAUUCCUUAAAUGGUUCUGAAAGUAAAAGCGAAUAUGUUACCAAAGAUCCCAAUAAAACAGAUGUGGUGAAAUGUUUUAGAAAACUUGAGUUGCAAAAUAAAGAUAUAAUUGAAGGGUCAUGGUUAGACAAUAUUAUAUGGGAACCACAUAGUGUUAUUGCAAGGCCUAAGCUAAUUCUCGAUCUUCAAGAUGAGCAGAUGCUUUUUGAAAUUUUAGAUGACAAAGAAAGUAAACAUCUUCAGCUUCAUUCAGGGGCUAUGGUUAUUACUCGACCUGCAAAGCCAAACAGUCGUUCUUAUGAGGUCUCAGAUCAUAAAUAUCAACCUGGUUGGCAAUUCAAUAUUGCUAAUGAUAAGUUCUACGUCAACCGUAAAGUUUCACAGCAGUUACAAUCAAAUUCUAAUAAACGCAUGGCUCAUGGCGUCAGAGUUCAUCAUUCAGCACCUGCACUUAAGCUUCAAACAAUGAAGUUGAAGUUGAGCAAUAAAGAUAUAGCAAAUUUUCACCGUCCAAGAGCGAUAUGGUAUCCACAUGAUAUUGAGGUGGCUGUUUGGCAACAGGGGAGGCUGCCAACCCAACGAUCCAUGAAAGUCAUAUUGAAGAGCUUGGGAGGCAAAGGUAGCAAACUACAUGUCGAUGCUGAGGAAACUGUCUCUUCUGUUAAAGCAAAGGCUUCUAAAAAGCUAGAUUUCAAGCCAUCAGAAACAGUAAAAAUAUUUUAUCUUGGGAAGGAGCUUGAAGACGAUAAGUCUCUUGCUGCCCAAAAUGUUCAACCAAAUUCUCUGCUUCAUCUUAUUCGCACUAGAAUACAUUUGUGGCCAAGGGCACAAAAACUUCCGCGAGAGAAUAAGUCUUUACGGCCUCCCGGGGCAUUUAAGAAGAAAUCUGAUCUUUCUGUGAAAGAUGGUCAUGUCUUUCUCAUGGAGUAAGUGUCAAACAUCAUUUUCUGCCCUGCCCAUUUUUUCCCUCUCAUUUUUUUGAGUAUAAUACGUUUUCAAAUCUUAUUGUGUUGUGGCAUCUUCUUUUGGGGCAUAUUAGUAUAAAAUCCAUGCAGCUGAUCCUAUGUACUACAGAAAAGUUUAUUCUUUCCUGCCACUUGGGAAGACUGGGCAUCAUG